CUCCAGGCGUUUAAUAAUCUGGAAAACCUGAUGUUCGGGAAGGGAUUCCAAGCCAAGAUUUUCCCAGAGAUUCUGCUCUGUCUGUGCCUGUCACUCUUCGCCUCUGGUCUGGUUCACCGUGUCUGUGUGACGACGUGCCUCAUCUUCUCACUCCUCGCCUUGUUGUACAUCAACAAAAUAUCUGCGGCCCUCUACCAAGCAGCUGCUCCUGCCGUGACUCCAGCCAAGGCCACCAGCAAAAGCAAGAGGAAGAACUGA